AUGGGAAUGGCAAGGAGAUUGAAAAUUACUGUGGUCGGUGAUGGUAUGGUGGGCAAGACAUGCCUGCUAUAUGUGUAUACAAGGAAUGAGUUCCCGACGGAAUAUGUACCUACAGUAUUUGACAAUUACGUGGGUCACAUAAUAGUUGACGGCGAAGAAGUGGAGAUGGCUCUUUGGGACACAGCUGGACAAGAGGAUUACGAACGACUUAGGCCUUUAUCCUAUAAUAGCACGAAUUGUUUCUUGGUGUGCUACUCUGUGGGCAGUCGAUCUUCAUAUGAAAAUGUUAUUCACAAAUGGUAUCCCGAAUUGAAGCAUUUUAGUUCAUCAGUACCUAUUGUUCUAGUUGCGACAAAAACGGAUUUGCGCAAUACAGGAAAAGCUGUUAUCACGACACAAGAGGGAAAACAGUUGAAAAGAAAAAUACGAGCUGCCCAGCUGGUGGAGUGUUCGGCUUUAGAAAGAGUCAAUAUGCACGAAGUAUUCGAAGAGGCGGUGAGAGCAGCGAUCAAGAAGAAGCCAGUAACUAAAAGAACUUGUCAAUUUCUCUAA